AUGCAACCGAUCGGUGGCCGAAAGCUGCUCGAUCUUCGACAUUGGGUACCGCUGGUGGUGCUAGUGUUCGGUGCUAAGCUAUCCCUAGAAGCGACCGGCGAGAUUGUGAUUUGCAACUACGAAAAGUUCCACCUGUUCGACAGCAUGUACAGACCGCGGACGGACAACUUCUGCGUGUUUAACGAUGUGUAUCUCGGGAGUGACGUGAAGGGGGCCGACUUUCUGGCGAGCAGUCUCGACUACAAGCGGGUCGCGUUUGCGAACUCCAAGUUCCCGCAGGUGCCACCGUCGCUGUUCAAGAACUUCGAUGAUAUUCGGGAGCUGUACGUGAGGCGGUGCUCGGUCGAGAUGCUGAAGAUUACGCGCUUGCUGGAGAAGGUGUACGCGGGUGGCAAUCGAAUCGCGAGUGUCCAGCUGGAUGGCAACGCUUCGAACAGCUUGCGGGAGCUGUAUCGCGACGGUAAUCGAUUGCAAGGGAUCGCCAAUCUUACCAACUUGCCCGCCAUGGAGGUGUUGGUGCUGGAGAACAACCCACUGCUCGGCAAUGUGGAUUUCGCACAGUUCGGCCGUAUGGAGCGGUUGUGGAAGCUCGAUCUGGAGCGGAUCGGCAUGAGCCGAAUCAGCAAUGGGUUGAAGCGACCAUUGGCCGAGCUGCGACGACUCGAUCUCUCCAACAACGCACUGACGUACGUGCAUGUGCGCAUGUUCCGUACCUUCCCGAAGCUUGAGCACCUCUGGCUGCACGGUAACAGGCUGUACUUUAUGGAGGCGGACCAGGUCCGUGCGCUCGUGCCCGCCAUCCGCAGCAUCGUUAUCGACGACAACCCUUGGGGCUGCGGCCAUCUGGCGCUGCUGGGUAAACAGUUGCGCGACCAUGGUAUCAUCAUCCGUCUUGGCAACUGUCGCACAGACCGUGCCAUUUACCGGGUGUGCUGUUCGGACGAGACGGACACUGUCGACACGCGCUACCUGAUCGAGAUGGGCAUUCGGUACGAGACGCGCGUUCAGCAGGACGUGCGAGAACUGCGGGCGGAGAACGAUUUCCUUCGCAGGGAUUUGGAGCGGCUGAAAAGUCAGCUUGGUGAGCUGUUGGUGAACCUGACGCGCCCCAUCGAAGCGACGGCAGAUGAGACGUUGCAGGUGGAUGCUGAAGAGUCCGGCGAACAGCCGGAAAACAAUGCAGCGUCUUCCUUCGAGGAGUACGAAGAGGAUGGAAACGAAAAGUAA